AUGGCUGGUUCAUAUGAUCGCGCUUUGACCGUUUUCUCUCCGGAUGGUCAUUUGUUUCAAGUCGAGUAUGCAUUAGAAGCUGUUAGGAAAGGUACUUGUGCGGUAGGAGUUCGUGGUAAUGAUUGUGUAGUUCUCGGUGUCGAGAAAAAAUCGGUCCUCAAGCUGCAAGAUCCUAGAACCGUACGGAAGAUUGUAAUGCUAGAUGAUCAUGUAUGCAUGGCCUUUGCUGGGUUAAAUGCUGACGCCAGAGUUCUUGUCAAUAAAGCUAGGAUAGAAUGUCAAAGUCACAGACUUACCGUAGAAGAUCCUGUAACAAUUGAAUAUAUCACGCGAUAUAUUGCUGGCGUCCAACAGAAAUAUACACAAAGUGGUGGUGUUCGUCCUUUUGGAAUCUCAACACUCAUCAUUGGUUUCGAUGCAAAUGAUAAAACGCCUAGACUCUAUCAGACGGAUCCUUCUGGUAUAUAUUCAGCAUGGAAGGCUAAUGCAAUUGGUAGAAGCUCGAAGACCGUUCGCGAGUUUUUGGAAAAAAAUUACAAAGAGGGUUUGACUAAAGAUGAGACUAUCAAAUUAACCGUUAAAUCUUUGUUAGAAGUUGUACAAACUGGAGCUAAGAAUAUUGAAAUAGCUUUAAUGACAGCUGACAGUGUUAUUAAGAAUUUGGAAGUUGAAGAGCUUCAACUAGUUAAUGAUGGGGCUUAA